ACUAAGCCCAAUAGGUGUACCUUCUUCGUCUUCCACUUCACAAUCUUUGACGAGAGAAUCGCCGUUCGCCGAUCUCUUUUCCUACCAGAUCGAUUUUGGGUCGGAUCCUUGGGUCCGGUUUUUGUGCGCAGGCUUAAGCUAUUGUAUCAAAAGUUUAAAAUGUAUCGAGGACUAGAAUUAAGUUCAAAACGGCACCGUAUCUACAGUAAGAUGUAAAUUUUAAAACGAUACCGUAGUACUAGAUUUAAGCAGAAACGACGUCGUAAAAGCUCUCAAGAAAUAAAUUUACGUCCCUUGACCGAAACAUUCUUCAAACCAAAAGAGUCUCUGAGACUCUCUCUGCACUUACCAGACAAGAGUGUAUCAGCACUUCGAAGGGUUUCACAGGUUUGGUCUGUUCUUCAGUGCCUGUGUAUUGUUUUGACACGCAGCAGCCAUGGAUGUUGAUUCGCAACCAAUGAUGGAGGAGACCAUACUGGUCGGUGACGACCUAAUGAUGGGUCCUCCAUCUCCUGUCAUCCCUCCUGAAAUUGCUUCACAUGUCCUCGAAGGUGUUGAUUUGUGCGAUGGCAUUUUGAGGAAUCUAUUCCUAUGCUUGCAAAUCAAUGAUAUUGAACCAUUUUGCCAAGAUGAGCUUGCCUUGUAUCGACAGUGUGCUGAAAACAGGGACAAGGUAUUGAGAGUAAGGCUUCAAGAGAGCGAGUACAAAUUAGGAUCUUCAAUGCCUAUUGAUCUUGCUAAGGAAAGGAUUACUCAGCUUGAAUCUGAAGCCACAUCACUAGAGAGGCACUUGAUUCUAGCAAGUGGAGCUGAAGGAAUCGAAGGAUUUCGUCGGAGAUGGAGUUUGCACGGUCGUAUGACUGAUACCAAAAAAAGACUGGAGUCACUGAAGCAAGGAAUGGAAAAUAGGAAAAAGGAAGCGCAUGAGCAGCCGGCGAAACCUUCUACUGGGAAGAGAUGGUUUCUUUGGUGAAGCUUUUGUCAUUUUACUCCAGAAUGAAUCAUACAUUCUAAAACAAAAUAAUGCAUUUAUGGUGCAGAUGAUUCCCAAUGUAACCAUAUUUUUGUAUGGCAAGUAAAAGUUAUUUACUUAAA